UGAUAAACUGAUCUGAAAGCAGCCAAAAAGUGGGCGCUACCUCGGCAGACGAGCCAAUCAGCGCCACGUCCGCCAACAGGACGGCUGACUCGUGAGACUUCGUUGGCAGUGUGUGUAGUUGAGUGUCUCGGUGUAAACGAGCAGCUGUUUGGCGUCUGCAGCGAGAAGUAGAGCCAUGAAGCUUCUGGACGAGCGGAUCUGCUCGCUGUUUAAGCGCCACUGGCGGCAGACCCUCACCUACUGGAGCGUGUUCUUCAGCUUCGGCCUGUGCAUCGCCUUCCUGGGACCCACCGUGCUGGACCUGAGGUGUCAGACCCAGUCCACGCUGCAGCAGAUCACCUGGGUCUUCUUCUCCCAGCAGUUCUUCCUGUUGGUGGGCAGCAGCCUGGGAGGACUCUUCAAGAAAACACUCCAGUCCUCCCUGUCGGCCCUGUUCUCCUGCACUCUCAUCAUCUCGCUCGUGUUCGCCAUCAUACCGCUAUGUAACCACGUGAUACUGCUGGCUGUUGCCAUGGCGAUUGCUGGCUUAGCCAUGGGGGUGAUUGACACCAUUGCCAACCUCCAGCUGGUGAAGCUGUUUCAGAAGGACUCCGCCCUCUUCCUGCAGGCCUUGCAUUUCUUCAUAGGCCUCGGAGCACUAGUGAGUCCCCUGGUGGCUUAUCCUUUUCUGGCAAACGACUCCUGUGUCCUGGGCGCCAACUGGACCGCCAACUCCUCCUCUCCCUCGGACCUACAGCACCUCCGCGAAAGCCUGGCCGGGCACGGAGCAGCCAUACGCAACAUCUCCCAGUAUCCUCUGCACACAGAGGGUGAAGUCAUCACCAGGGUGUCGUAUGCUUUCUGGAUCAUGGCUCUUAUCAAUCUCCCAGUGCCAGUAGCAGUGCUCUCGUUGAUCUACCAUGAGAGACUGCUGCCUUGCUCCAGCACCGGUCCACGUCUGCUCGACAGAGACUCUCCAUCCAGCACGAGCCCCACUGGGGACAGUGGACAAGGUCAUGGGAGUUGUUGCUGUAACCCUGCCAAACUCCGGGAUCGCCCUGCUACUUUCUUCCUUCUCCACAUUCUGGGUGGAGCCAUCCUCUUCCUCACUGAUGGGAUUAUAGGCUCCUAUGCUGGCUUCGUCUACACCUACGCAGUGUCCCCUCCCCUGCUGAUGGGUCACAAGAACGCUGGCUGCCUGGACAGUGUCUUCUGGGCCUCCAUCACAGUAGGAAGACUGGCUUUCAUCUACCUGUCCUACAGAUUCCAAGCACCCAGGCUGCUCACCUUCAGUUUGGUGGGGGUCAUCCUGGUGCAGUGCUUGGUGUUGAUCUUCUACACCAGCUGUGUGUUUCUCUUCAUUGGUACUUGCCUGUUGGGACUGUGCAUCAGCAGUGUGUUCCCGUCAGUGCUGGCCUUUACGGAGGACGUACUAGACUACAAAGGUUGUGCCACCACGGUCCUGGUGACCAGUGCCAGCACAGGCGAGAUGAUCCUGCAGCUGCUCGUCGGAUCGGUGAUCCAGAGUCAGGGCAGUUACAGUUUCCUGGUGUGUUGUACGAUAGCGUCAUGCAUCGGCUUCUGCCUGUUCCUGUUGCUCCUCUGGGUGCAGCACAGCCACAGAAACUGCAGCACCGAUUUGUCUCAAAACACAGACAUGAAAAAGAAGCCACAGACUGGAGGUUCGUGAUCCGAGGGUCCCUGAGAGACCAAAGGGGGAGCGGGGGGGGGACACACAAGAGGACACAAAUGACCGAGAUGUGUUGCUUUGGAAGAUGGGGGGGAAAGGAGCAUUGGAAGAACCAUCUCUGACAUUCCCACAUCUUACCCCCCCCAAUCUUAGAAGAUGAGCUUCACCCUGGCCUCCUCCAACUGAACAUUUUCUACCUAAAGAGAAAUCUACUUUCAAGCCCGAUGAUCAACAAGCAGCCCAAUGGAUGGUAAAUGGACUGCAUUUAUAGAGCCCGACCACUCAAAGCCUUUUACACACCCAUUUAUACACUGAUGGCAGUUCAGUAGUCUCGCGUCGCCAGACCUGUCCCUACCUUGUUGCACGAUCAAAAUUUCCCUCAAAACUUGUCAUUUCUAGCGUGUAGCUUGCUAGCUCAAAGUUUGUUGUUGUUGCGAACAGUGUUAAAGGUGCCCUGCCACACAAAACUGUU